CAGCCUGCUCUACGACGCCUCGACUGUUGUGAAAGGGUGGUCGGUUCAUGCUGGCCGCCGUCUAUCGUUCGACAUCUUCUACGCAUCCAUCGUUUCCCCAUCUCUGCCUUCCAGGAUUCUGAGUGGUUCCACUUCGACGAACGGGCCAACCUGACCUUAGACAUUCUGCAGGCAGCCGCCGUCCUAUCUUCACAAGCGUUCAAUUCCAACCGCUUCUGAGGGCUGCUUUCUGCCAACUUCUUUGUGAUCGACUACUCUAGCUCCAAUCCAUACAAGGUCAGCCUUGUCGGCGAACACAUUGCGACUGUAACGCUAGGUCUAAAAAAGACCCCCUACCUCGUCUUCCGCGGGCCUUCUCCUCCUCUUGUUUCUGACACAUCGAGCACAAUACCGGGUCGAGACUGCGCGCUUCCCAAAAAGAGUUGGACCCCGAAACAGGACAGUAUCUGCUUGUGGAAACUACUCCUGCCCAGGUGGCAAGUCGUUUGGUGGGAAUAAACGCCUCGAGAAGGGUGGAGUGACCGGUCAAGAUGACUUCGACAGUCUUCCGGGACUCGCUGAACUCGUUAGGGUGGUCGAGAAGAGACCCUGAUGUGCCGGCCAACACGUCCUCGACCCCCAUCCUGUCGAGGCUGUCCUUGCUGAACCCAUUUGGAGACAGAGGCUAUGUGCAGCUACCCACCCACGAGGCCCCAGGUGCACCGCUGCCUGCGCCGACAAGGAGAGAGGAAGAAGAGGGCUGGUUUGCCUUAAGCCGAUGGGAUCGUCUGCUCAUAUUCGGUGGAUGCAAUCUUGCCGCGUUGGCAUGCUUUGUUAUCUGCUUUGCACUAUUUCCAGUCCUCUCGCUCAAACCUCGCAAGUUUGCGAUUUUGUGGUCGGUCGGCUCCCUGCUGUUCCUCGCAUCAUGGGCUUUCCUGAUGGGCCCCUACCAAUAUGCUGUCCAUCUCAUGUCGGGGCCUCGACUGCCCUUCACCGCAGCCUACUUCGGAUCUAUUGUCAUGACGAUUUACUUCGCCGUCGGGCUCCAUUCCACCAUCCUGACUCUUUUUUCGUCAAUCAUUCAACUAGUGGCGCUGGUAUGGUAUCUGGUCAGCUAUUUCCCAAUGGGAAGCACGGGCUUGCGCUUUGCGGCGAGGAUAGGUGGGGGUAGGGUUGCUGCUUGGAUGAACGACUGAAGGCUGUAGUUGUCCAGACAUAUGUCAUAACCUUGUAACAUAUCUGUCACAGGUGAUCGUGCUUGGUGCACACUAUUUCAUUCGCUGAAGGGAAAAAAAUCGGCGUGACCGGCCG